AUGUCGACGCCGAACAACAACGGCAAGGGUAGGGACAUCCCCAUACUCUCGCACCAAAGCACUCAAGAUUCGGCAUCGACCCCCAUCAGGUCGCCUUCUCGAGCAUUCAACGAUGGCUUCGGACGCGCAUCCCCAUCUCUACCCAACAUCCCACCUCGUAUUGGCUCCCCAUCAGCAGAACCCCUGAGCCUCUACUCCUCAUCUCAACAGCAGCGUCACGACUCGUCCUCGUUCCAGCGCACCAUCUCCAUCGAGCCUCCUUCUCGUGAUAGCGCAUCUCUUGCUCCGCCUGCCGACUCGGGCAUCUCCACUCCCAGCAACCUCGACAAUCUCGAUCAGCUCCCAUUCUCCGACGAGCGCAAAGCCCGUAUUAUCGAGAGGCAUCUUGCUCGACCCGACGCCAACCGCGACUCUCUCUCUGCCCCCUCCAUCCCAUCCGCCGACAACACUGACGAGAGUUACACCAGCGAAGAUGCACAAGGCUCCUCAACGCCUAACCCCGGAGCCAACGGCGAUGCAGACGUCGAAUCUCCCUCUGAAAUCGUUCUCGAGGAUGUAGAAGAGAGCUACCGCGGCCCUCAUCAGAUGCAAGGUGGCGCCAUCACCGACGAUGUGUAUCGAUGGGCACACAAGAAUCGCCGUGUUUCAACUCGACGCACUCGCAGUGAGAGUCUGCACAUGCCUCGAACCGCCACCAUCGACCCAGAGCUCGAUGUGCAGGGUAUCAAGGAGCCAGGAGGAUUCCGACGCUUUUUUGUCAAUUACCAGGCCGAACAGCAAGGUCGUGCUCCUCCAAGAGCUUUGCGCAGCUUUAUCGACUUCCUCAGCUUGUACGGUCACUUUGCUGGAGAGUUCCUUGAGGAGGAAGAUGAAGACGACGAAGAUCUCACCGACGAUGAAGACGACGACGAUGCUCGUGCCAUCCCCGGAACUAGUCGAGCUGCCGGCAAUGGCGAUACCGAACGCUCUGGUCUCCUCCGCAGACGUCCUAGAGGCUUUAACCGAAGCGAUACCCAAGCUCGCAUGCGCAAAGCUAGCAAGGAACGUCGUCGUGGUGAAGCUUCUGUCACAGACGCUGUCAUGAUGCUGCUCAAGUCUUUCGUCGGCACUGGUGUUCUUUUCCUUGGUAAAGCGUUCUACAACGGUGGUCUGCUCUUUUCCACAGUCACCUUGUGCUCGGUUGCAAUCAUCUCCCUCGUCUCCUUCCUUCUGCUCGUCAAGACCAACCUCAACUGCCCCGGCUCAUUCGGUGAUAUGGGUGGAAUUCUAUACGGUCCUCGCAUGCGUUUCGCCAUCCUUGCGUCCAUCGUUCUUUCACAACUCGGCUUUGUCGCAGCUUACACAGUCUUCGUCGCACAGAACAUGCAAGCUUUCGUCCUAGCCGUGACACACUGCAAGACGCUCGUCCCUGUCUGGGUGCUUAUUUUGGGUCAGAUGGCCGUCUUCUUACCUCUUUCGCUUAUUCGAAGGAUCGCCAAGUUGUCAACAACCGCGCUUAUUGCAGAUGUCUUUAUUCUGUUCGGCAUUGUCUACCUGUUCUACUACGAGAUCGGCAAGGUCGCAAAGGAAGGUUUGGCAGAUGUCGUCAUGUUCAACAGCAAAGAUUUUCCUCUGUUCAUCGGUACAGCUGUCUUCACAUUCGAAGGUAUCGGAUUGAUCAUUCCGAUCACAGAAUCGAUGAAGGAGCCUGAAAAGUUCCCUCGUGCACUCACAGGCGUCAUGGCUGGAGUCAUGGUGUUGUUCGCAUCUGCAGGUUCUCUCUCCUACAUGGCGUUCGGAUCCAAGAUUCAAACCGUGGUCAUUACCAAUCUUCCGCAAUCGUCUCGAUUCGUUCAAGCGAUGCAAUGCCUCUACUCGAUCGCCAUUCUUCUCUCCACUCCUCUACAGCUCUUCCCCGCCCUCGCCGUGCUGGAGAAAGGAAUCUUCACCCGUAGCGGCAAAUACAAUUGGAAGGUCAAGACCGAAAAGAACCUCUUCCGAUUUUUGGUGGUGGCUGUCUGCUGUUUGGCCGCUUGGGCAGGAGCGAAUGAUUUGGACAAAUUUGUGUCCUUGAUCGGUUCAGUGGCUUGUGUGCCGUUGUGCUUUAUUUAUCCUCCGUUAUUGCAUUUGAAGGCGAAUGCGACGAGGACGGCGACAAAGGCCUUGAACUAUGCGAUGCUGUUCUUCGGUAUCGUUUGUGUGGUGUUUGCGGGCAGUCAGACGAUUAAGGCGAUGUUGGAGAGUAGUGCUCCUACUGGUCCUCCUAGAUGCUCGCCUCGCGGAUAA